GAUGGCGGGGAUGUUUAUGCUGGUUCUGAGCCUCGUUCUCACGGCAGUACAAAACGCACUACCAUCAGUCGCCCAGCCGGAGUCUUUCCCAGGAAGGGGGAAUAAAGUGGAAUAUCAUUACCAUGAGGCCCCACCCUGCACUUGUAACUGCCAUUGUGAAACGAUAGAAAAUAAAGCGGAUCACUGCGAAUGGAAGCGCGUCUUCAAGGCCGUUCAGGGAAAUGGCCGUCAUGUUUACAGAGAUUUUCUCACGGGCGGUGCCAUCAACGCCGAGGAUCCCCGAGCAAAAGACAUCAGCUCGUCUCUACCGUUCAGAGACGCCGACAUACUGGACAACUGGUGCAAGCUCAACAUACGGAAGGUACAGAUAGAAGUCUUCGAAUCGGGUGUUAGGAAGACAUGGCUUACCUUUAAUGCUACCUUACCGGAUAUGAAAAGCUGGCUUAGCCGUGACACAUUAGUUGCCUCCCCGUACGCAGACAUCACAGCACCGCCAUAUGACAAAGUGGGUUACUUCUUUUCGGUUGAUGGCCAUGAUAUCGUCACAAGACGAUUUUUUAUUAAUCGUAACUACAACGGUUGCCCUGCUGACUGCGGGUACCUGGCUGUAGUGGACCCUGACGGUGACCCCGAGAAGAUCUGUCCUUGGGAUAACCUUGCUGAAAAGCCGUUUUUCUGGUACGGGAAACUGCUAGAUAAAUGUAGCAGACUACAGACAAGAGGUGAAGGCGGAAUUGGCGAUCGCUUCGUGAUUUCCGUGAAAGUGUGUGGCAAAAACUGAUGAUCCGAUCAAACACAUUCGUAAAUACCUGAAAUGUGGAAUAGAAAUGUUGUCUGCUGGCUUAUCUGAAAUGUGGAGUAGAAAUAUCGCCCACAGGCCUUCCUAAAAUCUAGAAUGGAAGUGUUGUCUGUAGGCUUAUCUGAAAUGUAAAAUAGAAAUGUUGUCUGCUGGCUUAUCUGAAAUGUGGAGUAGACAUAUUGCUCAUAGGCCUUCCUAAAAUCUAGAAUGGAAGUGUUGUCUGUAGGCUUAUCUGAAAUGUAAAAAAGAAAUGUUGUCUGCUGGCUUAUCUGAAAUGUGGAGUAGACAUAUUGCUCAUAGGCCUUCCUAAAAUCUAGAAUGGAAGUGUUGUCUGUAGGCUUAUCUGAAAUGUAAAAUAGAAAUGGCGUCUGCUGGCUUAUCUGAAAUCUGGAAUAGAAAUGUCGCCUCUAGGCUUAUCUGAAACGUGGAGUAGAAAUACCGUGUGUAGGCUUUUCCGAAAUGUGGAAUAGAAAUAUCGUCUGUAGGCCUUCCUGAAAUGUAGAAUGGAAAUGCUGUCUGUAGGCCUUCCUGAAAUAUAGAUUGCAAAUGUUGUCUGUACGCUGAUCUGAAAGGUGGAGUAGAAAUAUUGUCUGUAGGCUUAUCAUGAAAUCUUUAAUAUAAAUGUCGUCUGUAGGCUUAACCUGAAAUCAGGAAUGAAAAUGUUGUUGUACGCUUAUCUGAAAUUUAGAAUUGAAAUGUCGUUGUAAGCUUAUCUGAAAAUUAGAAUUGAAAUGUCGUCUGUAGGCUUAUCUGAAAUUGUAAACGGAAGUGUAAUUUAUACUCUCUCCACGGUAUUCGAGUAUCCAUUCGAGUCUAUGGAUUUUACGCUCUGUUGAAACAUAUCCGGUUUUCUGAUAGGAGAGAAAAGUGAGGUAAUCUAUGGUAACCAGUGCACGCGCAAUACGAACAAAAUACCUCCAAAUAUAAAUUCUCAUUGAUCGAAGUCGAGAUGUGUCUAAAAUAUUAUUCACAUAACUUUCACAGAGGCAGAAUAUCGACUACCUCGCAUUUCAAGGAAAUAAAACUUACUUCACAAUAUCUGGCGUCAUCGAUCGCCCACAAUAAACCAUACACAGUUUCUGUAAUUAAAAACCGAACUCUAUCAACGAAGUGGGUCAGAUUUGGCCUGUAUUUAUGUUCUGGCUUCGGUCAGUCCGGGUAACUUAACAACAUGUUACGGCUUACAAUGGUAUGGUUGUGCAUCAAUUAGCCAUCACUUUUCGAUCAGUUUUCAGAUCUUUCUGUGAGCUCUUUCUAUGAGCUUUUGUGAGCUCUUUCUGUGUGCUCAUUCUAUGAGCUCUUCUGAGGUAGUAGACGGAAGUCUGCGUGUAUCUGUCUGAAGAGAGUAUGUUGUCUCCCUUCCUUUAUUUUACCUUCAUUCAGUUAUAUGUCUAUUAAAACGCUUAUCCCCU